AUGGCCAGGAUGGUGAGCUCUCUUUUAGCAGGGACCUUUCAUCCUGUGCCCUGCGCACCUGGCCACUGGUCCUGGGCAGGGGACGAGAGGAGAAACAGGCGUGGUGAGGGCGGAGUGGUCCUCGUCCCGUCACCACGGUCCCCCAGGAGGACGCGGAACCGGGCAGGACGGGCGAGGGUGCGGGGUGACCGGGGAGGCAUGGGGAGGGACCCCGAAGGCAAACCUAGCCGGGUCUUUCUUCACCUGUACGGGUGGCGCUUCCGCGCGCUCCUGAAAUUCACCGCAGGCCAGCUGGAAAGGCACGCAUCGCUGCGGCCUACUCCGCGCUUAACAGCAGUGGCAGGGCCUUCAAUUCCCAGUCAGAAGUGCCCAAGCAGUUGUGAAGUGCAAGUGCGAUUUUGUUUACCGGUGGCGGCAUCAGUUUUGAAGGUCAAGGAAUCCGAAGCUUCUGAAAGAACAAUUGUAGUUGCUGGUCUUCCAGUUGGUUCCGUUAAUGAUCAGUUGCUGACCGUAUUAGUGAAGAGUCACUUUCAAGAUAUUGAGAAUGAGGGUGGAGUUGUUGAAGAUGUGAUAUAUCCAACAAGAACAAAGGGAGUUGCAUAUGUAACAUUCAAAGAAAAAAAAGUUGCGGAGAAUGUCAUCAGAAAAAAGAAACACUGUCUAGCAGAGAUGGUCAGACCCGCUCAACUCACCGUCUCCCAUUUUAGUGAAAAGGUCUUCAGCUCUGUGAAUGCUGUCCUUGAUCUUUCUGUUUUUCGGAGUCAAAUUGGUCUGAGAAGUCUGGUAAUGGACCUGAAAAGGGAAAUCCCAGCUUUAUGCUUCAGUCCUUUGGAAGCUAAUGGAAGAAUCUCUGUUCAAGGAUCAUUUCUGGCUAUCAAGAAGCUCAAAGAAUCUUUGCUAUUAAAAGCAAGUUCUCUUUUAGAAAAAAACAGGAAUAGACAGAGCCCCAGAGGGAGUACAUGGAAAAGUAGUCACUCAUUAAAGCCACCCAGGUCCUCAACACCUGAGACUAUGAGAGGAGAAAGGCUUGUUCUUGACACAGAUAUUUUCCUUUACCUGAAAAAGAGGAGCAGAUUUUAUGAAAGCACAUUGAAAAAAUUUCAUGCACUAUGUCAAGAGACAGUGGAUGGUGAAAUUACCACACUUUGUAUAAGGAAUGCUCAGGGUGGUACUCAGCCAAACAAUGAAAAACAGGUAAAAGAGCUCAUUGAGAAAUAUUCACAUGCUCUUCACUUCGAGCUUAGAAAGGAGACAUUUAUUUUGGAAGGAAAGGAAAAUAGAGAGAAAAGAAAUAUUAAGCUGGCAUGUGAGCAACUAAGUUCAAGGUACCUUCAGGUUCUGGUUAAUUUUUAUUAUACGCACAUUGACAUUAUAGGAUCUUCUUCUGACACGCACUUGUUUAAAAAAGAGGUCAUGAAAUUAAUAAGGCAGAAAGUUAGGUAAUAAAAUCCUCAGCAAUAGUAACAAGAAUGGCUGUUGCCUUCCCUUACUGAGCAGUGGUGAUGUCAUGAGUGAUCCCAGCUUUACAGACAUUAUCUCCUUUAAUUCUUUUUUUUUUUUUUUUGGCUGCACCGCACAGCUUGCGGGAUCUUAGUUUCCCAACCAGGGAUCAAACCUGGGCCCCCUGCCGUGGAAGCGUGGAGUCCUAACCACUGGAUGCUAGGGAAUUCCCUAUCUCAUUUAAUUCUUGUGACCAUCUUUCAUCACAGGCAUUUCCAUCCUCAUGUUAUAGGGGAAGAAACCAGGAUUUGAAGAGGUGAAAACACUUGUCUGAAGUUAUCUACCUGGCCAUCAGCAAGAGUUAAACCCAAAGAUAAUAUCUAAGGUAUAAAACUUUGAAAAUUAUAAAACUAAAUUUAAAGAAACUUCAAUUUCUCUGCAACCCCGAAUUCUUAGGAAAAAGAGGUAGCUUUCAUUCUAACAUAUAAGAAGUUUGGAUGAUUGUUAUGCCACUGGCAAUUUCUUAACAUUUACAAAAUUUGUGUUUACUCCAAGUAGAAUUAGAAUCCUAGCAAAACUCACUUGAGAAGCUACUUAGAUGGUAUUUCCGAUGCAGGUAGUCAUUACUUGACCAAAUCCCAUAUUAGUAUAAGGCUUUUGGACAUAUAGAACAUUUUUACUGCUGCUUACUUAGCCUAAGUGCUUACAUAAAAUGUUGGUUCUCCUGUUGGAAUUAUGAAGGGAGUAUAGUGUCUAUUUUAUAAUUGUAGUGUAAAAUUAAUAGCAUUUCAGGAAUAAGAUCAUGGAUGAUAAUAACAUCAAACACUUACUUGCUAGGCAUAAUUUUAAGUGCAUUACAUAUCUUUACUCAUUCAGUCCUGACAGCAGCCCUGUGAGGUAGGUGCUAUCUUUAUCCCCCUUUCACCCAUGAGGAAACUGGUGCCUAGUGAUGAAAUGUAACUUGCCCAUGGCUCUGAUUAGCGAACGGUUCUUCUCCCUUUUGUAGUCUCUCACAAUUCUACUUAAACAGUUGAGAAAUGUUUCCUUAAAGAUGACAGAAGGAUUUGAAAAUUCUUUACUGAAGGGCAGCCAGAGCUUGUAAGUCAUUUGGUUUUCUGCGACUGACCUGCAUUUAACUUAGCAUUAAGCCAAUUUUAAGUACUGGGGACACUGCAGAGACCCUCCCAGGAAAAUAAAAUGAUACAUCUUGCUCAUCUCAAAGUAAACAAACAUGGUUAUGAUUUGAACUGUUUAUAUCAGUAGAAAAGCAUAAGAAAAAUCUAUAUGCUUUCAUUUUUCUUAGCUACCUAAAUCCCAAAUAUGUAAAUGAUUUCUAUUUCUUUAAAUAUGUUAUUUCAUUUCUGUAUGACUUAACUUUUUGCAUGGGAAAAUUCUCUUUAUAUGAAGUGUCCAAUAAGGUAUCUUUAAAAAGGUGUUUGACUUUCAUUUUGCUUCUAGGGGUUUGUCUCAGUCUGGGUCCAGUUGGGAGAGAGAAGGCACCCAGUAAUUUGAACAGGGAAAGUUUAAUAUAAAGAAUUGUUAACUGUGACGGGAUUGGAAUAAUGAGGGAUUGGCUAGUGAGAAACAGAGAAAACUCUACCAGAUAUAGGAGUAACAGAUAUAAGGAGUAGUUUAGACAGAGCACCCAGGGAAAACCUCCCCUGCCCACCCUACAGCCCUGAACUUAGAUCCAGACUUUGCCGUAGGGUUUGUGCCAGGGAAUCUUGCUGGAAAUUCAUCCUCUAGGGUACUGGAGGAAUCUGUUUAGAAGGUGUUUCUCCAGCGACCCUCCAUUACAACA